GGUUUGGGCCAGGUGGACUGCAAGGGGCGGAGGUAACCAGAAGCUGCCAGUGGCUGCUGCCUGCGUCCCCAACCCCCUCCGCGCAGCGCUCGAGACACGCGUGCCAGGAGUGGGAGAGAGCGGCGGGGCCAGCUGCGUUCUGAGGCUGAGCACAGCUGCCAUCUGCUCUGGGAAGCACCGGGGUGUCCCCGCCGCCCUCAGCUCGAAGUCAGCCACCAUGGAGGCGCAGGUACAAGGUUUGCUGGAGACUGAACCAUUGCAAGGAAGAGAUGAAGAUGCAGUAGCCAGUGCUGACUUCUCUAGCAUGCUCUCUGAGGAGGAAAAGGAAGAGUUAAAAGCAGAGUUAGUUCAGCUAGAAGACGAAAUUACAACACUACGACAAGUUUUGUCAGCGAAAGAAAGGCAUCUAGUUGAGAUAAAACAAAAACUCGGCAUGAACCUGAUGAAUGAAUUAAAACAGAACUUCAGCAAAAGCUGGCAUGACAUGCAGACUACCACUGCCUACAAGAAAACACAUGAAACCCUGAGUCACGCAGGGCAGAAGGCAACUGCAGCUUUCAGCAACGUUGGAACGGCCAUCAGCAAGAAGUUUGGAGACAUGAGGUCUCACUCCAUCGGCUACUCCAUUCGCCAUUCCAUAAGUAUGCCUGCUAUGAGGAAUUCUCCUACUUUCAAAUCAUUUGAGGAGAGGGUUGAGACAACUGUCACAAGCCUCAAGACGAAAGUAGGCGGGACGAACCCUAAUGGAGGCAGUUUUGAGGAGGUCCUCAGCUCCACGGCCCAUGCCAGCGCCCAGAGCUUGGCAGGAGGCUCCCGGCGGACCAAGGAGGAGGAGCUGCAGUGCUAAGUCCAGCCAGCGUGUGGCUGCAUCCAGAAACCGGCCACUACCCAGCCCAUCUCCGCCCGUGCUUAUCCAGAUAAGAAGACCAAAAUCCCGCUGGGAAAAACCCAGGCUUUGACAUUGUUAUUCAAAUGGCCCCUCAAGAAAGUUUAAUGAUUUCCAUUUGUAUUUGUGUUGAUGAUGGACCACUUGACCAUCACAUUUCAGUAUUCGUAGAUGACUGUCACAUUUUAAAAUGUUUCCACUUGAGCAGGUACACAACUGGUCGUAACUCUUGUCUGUUUAAUUCGAUGUAUAUUUUUCCAAACAUGUAGCUAUUGUUUGCUUUGAUUUUUGCUUGGCCUCCUUUAUGAUGUGCAUGUCCUUGAAGGCUGAAUGAACAGUCCCUUUCAGUUCAGCAGAUCAACAGGAUGGAGCUCUUCAUGACUGUCUCCAGCAAUAGGAUGAUUUACUAUAAAUUUCAUCCAACUACUUGUGAUCUCUCUCACCUACAUCAAUUAUGUAUGUUAAUUUCAGCAAUUAAAAUAAUUGAUUUUAAUGACUUUGAAUUCUUAAUUUCUUUGUCUUAAAAGUUGCUAGUUAUGAUUUUACAGAUACAAUUUUAAAUCAACUUUUACCCAGGUGCGGUGGCUCACACCUGUAAUCCCAACUCUUUUGGAUGCCAAGGUAAGUGGAUUGCUUGAGGCCAGGAGUUAAAAAUCAGCUUGGGCAACACAGACCCUGUCUCUACAAAAAAAAGAAAAAAAUUAGCCAGACAUAGUGUUGCUUGCCUGUAGUCCCAGCUACAAUAGAGGCUGAGGCAGGAGGAUUGCUUGAGCCUAGGAGUUUGAAACUGCACUGAGCUAUGAUUGCACUACUCCAGCCUGGGUGACAGAGUGAGACGUUGUCUCCAAAAUAAUAAUAAUAAGUAGUCAACUUUUAUGCUGGUUUGGUGAAUGUGAGAGAGGAUAUGAAAAUAAAUAUUACCUCAGCUAUCCUAGGAUGUUAAAACAAUCUCCAAUUUUAAAAAUCUCUCCAAUGUACAUAGAGUAGUAGUUAGAUAAAGGAUAUCCAAAAAAGAGAUAGCUAGAAAAUGGGAGAAGCAGAGUUCUGCAACCCCUUUCAGUCUGUAAAUUGUUCACAUGUAUGAAAAUGAUAUUUAUCAAUCCACUCAGAUUUCUGCACUAACUUUUAUCUUCCAUAUCAUAUGUAUCUCUUUUCUUUUUCUAAAUGGGAACAUAUAUUUGUUAUUAGGUAGCAGAGAUAUAGACUUAAGAUAUAUUUGUAAAAUGCACACUGAACAGACAUCCAACCUAAAAAAAAAAAUCACUAUUUUAGAAAGCCCAUAAAUGUAUACAUAUUUGUUAGUGUGCUAAUUGUUCAUUUUUUGUGUUUAUUAAAUAGAAGUAGAUAUAUAUGACAUUUUGAAGUAAAGCACAUCUGAAAUAUUCUACUCAAA